AUGCUAAGCUUGAACCGAUUACUCAUAGUUCUUCUUUUAUGGAGACAAAUAAUUGCAAAAAAUAUAAAAGAUCCUUUAAACAAUAAAGAGCAACAACUUUAUAGCUCCUCAAAUGCAGGUCUUCUUAAGUUAUUAGAAUUGGAAGAGAGAUUCAUGGAGAAUGUGAAAAUUUAUACAAAUAAACUGGCCGAGAAAGUUGAAAAUCUACAAGCAUUUAUCAACUCGAUUGAUUAUAAAGUCAAUCAAACUUUUGAAGAUCGCGAGAAAUAUGUGAGUAAUCCCUUGAAUGCCUUUAGUUUAGUGAGAAGAACACAUGAGGACUUGCCCAAGUGGCACAAUUACACUCAACAAAAGGUGGGAAUGGUGGAACUUUAUGCCUUGGAGGAAAUCGCUGUACAGGCUCCCGAUGAGGAGGAUAUGAAUUACUACCUGCAGGAAAUGCAUCGUUUGGAAAAGAUUUACGGUCUGGAGGCCACAGACUUGGCCAGGGGUCGUUUACAAGACAAGAAAUACGAUAUCAAGAUGUCUGCCCGGGAUUGCUUUGCUUUGGGUGAGCACAAAUAUCAACAAGAGGACUAUCAAAGGGCCGCCUUGUGGUUUCGCAUGGCCCUCAAACAGGAACCUGAAAAGAAUUCUAAUAAAAUCAACGAAAUCUUAGGAGACAUUAACGAUAAAUUGCGAAGCCAGUAUGCCACAUCAAUGAUUAUAUUUGGCCUAACAAUAUCCAAUACAAAGCUCACAAUUGCCAAAUCUAAACAAUUGGCCUCCGAAGCAUUGGCCAAAUCUAGCCUGGAUGACCUGAAUAGCUUUAUAGCCGAGUUACUAACACAAAGUGAUGAGGAUGUUGUUAGGGAAAUGAAUACUAAUGCAACAGCUCCCUCUGACUACGAACUGGGAUGUCGUGGCCUGUUGCCCAAGCGAAAAAACCUUUAUUGUAGGUACGAUUUCAGCACAACUCUAUUUCUAAGGAUAGCACCCAUGAAACAGGAAAUAAUAAGCUUGGAUCCCUACAUUGUAAUGCAUCACAAAGUGCUCUAUAACGAUGAGAUCGCUGAGCUUAAACUACACGCCAAGGAUAAGAUCACAGCCACGAAAGACAAUCGGUUAAGAUUAAAGUCCCUUCGAAAGAGAAUAGUUAACCGCAUUACUGACAUAAUUGGCCUUGGAUUUCACAUUAAUCACGAGCUGCAUAUGCCCGAUUAUGAUCGUAUCUCGUACUACAAUCCCAAUCGAAAUUAUGCAUACUGGGGCGGACCAAAAGCCACCUUACUGUUUUUUGCUUCUGAUGUAGUGCAAGGUGGUGCUACUGUUUUUACAAAGUCAAAAGUAUCAGUGUUUCCCCAAAAAGGAAACAGUUUGUUUUGGUAUAAUCUGUUAGACGAUGGCACCCCAGAUAUUCGCAGUGUACAAGCUGAAUGUCCGGUUAUAAAAGGAAAAAAAUGGGUUUUUACGAAAUGGAUAAAAGAGAUAAAUAGUCAGUGUACACAAAGGACAAAAAGUUGAAAAAGUUUAAACACAAAAUAAGUAUCUUUAAGAUUCAAACAGCACAGAUAUUGUAAUAAAAAUGGUUGUUAAACAUCUAAAAAAUAAAAAGAAAAUAUAUUUACCAAAA